AUGCAAUCCCGCACGCUCGCCCUCUCCACCAAGCCGGGCGCGAGCCUGCGAUACUCCACCCUCCCCGCAUCGCCUGAACACGGACCCUUCUCCACCACCUUAUUCGUAUUCCUCAACGGCUUGCUGUUGCCCCGAUCCUCGUGGGUCGCCGCCAUCGACAGCCUUGCCGCAACCCGCUCGCGCCAGCAACGGCCGGUCCCGCACAUUCUGACGUAUGACCGCUACGGCCAGGGCGACUCCGAUCCGGAUCCCACGGAUGAUCCGCGCUCGCCCUACGGCCAUGACGCACGCUCAGUUGUUGCUGACUUGCACCGCUUCUUGGUCGAGGUCUGCGACAGCCAUCUGUCCACGACGCUGGAUCAUCUCAGCCUGGUGUUUGUCGCCAACUCCAUCGGCUGCCCUCUUGCACGACUCUACGCGGCAGAACACCCUGGCCGUGUCGCAGCCUGCCUGUUCCUCGACUCCAUGAUGGCCAACACGGACUUUGUGUCGCUUUUCCCCGACCCGGAUGUCCCAACCACGCUCCCUGCAGGAGUCACUGUUGACGAGCUUCGUAGGGCGAGGGAAGGGUAUAGACGCAUGUUCCAUCCGACUGUGCCCAAUCCGGAGCAUUUCGACAGGCGCAAUCUCCCUGCGCUACUACCAGAAGCACGCCACCCUCAGCUGCCUGCCGGCCCGGACGGCAAAGCUCCGUAUCUGGUCGUCGUCGGCCACGAUCCGGAUGAGUUUGCGGAACAGGGCGAGACGGUAUUCCCUACCCCGCGCCUCAGCAUGUGCAGCACCGUCAAAGAAGCACGGUCUGGAUUUGUUCAACGGUUUCGUAGCUAA